AUGGCCAGCUUCACAGGGAAAAACAUCGUCGUCACAGGGUCAGCCUCAGGGAUUGGCCUCGCCAUCACGCUGACUCUUGCACAGCGAGGCGCCGUGGUCUGGACGGUGGAUCUAUCCCCAUCUCCCCCGGAUGAGCUGAAGCCAUGGAUUGAGAAGGGACAAGUGCACUUCCAAGGCGGCAUCGACGUUGGUGACAGAGAAACAUGUCGGACGUACAUGGCCAAGGUCGUCUCAACAGCGGGCAGGAUAGACGGUCUUGUCAAUAACGCCGGCAUCGGGCUGGCUGAAGGCCCCAUCGCCUCUGACGAGGCAUACGACCGGAUGAUCCACGUCAAUAUCGGCGGCGUGUGGAAUUACGGCACCGCUGCUCUCCGGGCCAUGCAAGAGCAAGAGCCGCAAGGUGAAUUUGGCUCGCGAGGCAACAUCGUCAACAUUGCCAGCGGAGCGGGACUGAGAGGUGUCAGCGGGCUCGCCGUCUACUGUGCUACGAAACACGCGGUCAUCGGGCUAUCGCGCGCGUGGCAGGAAGACUUUGGAAAGUUUGGCAUUCGAACGAACUCUGUCGCCCCAGGUGCUACGGCGACCGCUGCCUUUGUGAAGCGGGCAGAGGAGGAGAAAGGCUUCCUCGAGACGCUACCCAGCAAUCCUCUUGGGAGAGUCGCCAAACCGUCCGAGAUUGCUUCAUCAGUGGCAUUCCUCCUCUCAGAUGAGUCAAGCUAUGUCGCCGGGGAAGUACUGGCGGUGACUGGAGGACACGCAUAG